AUGGAGAUUAAUGGACAUGAUUUCUUAGAGGAGUUAAUAGCUCUAAGUAGGGAAUCUUGGCAAUCCACUCCAAAUUUUCCAACAGAAAUGAAUGAGCUUUUCUCUGGUAGCUUCAACCAUGAUUGCUUUGAAGAACUUCCAGCUACACUCCCUCAAACUUCUUUCUGUCCUGAAGGAUUAAUCUCCUCUCCUCUUAAACAAGACUUCAGCAACUACUACUUGAAUGAAGUCUUCUGCCCAUUUGGUGAUGAGUACUCAGCACCGCAAUUCACAGAUGAGUUUUCCUCAGCCCCACAAUUUACCGAUUCUUCCUAUAACACGCUUGACACACCAACAUUUCCUGUCCAAGAGGACACUCCAAUGUCCAUGAUGGAGGAUGAGGAGCUGGGUCUGCUUGCUAAUGAUCAACAGAAUCUGCAGAUGCAGGGUACUUGCAAAGUUGAGCCUAUUCAGUCCCCAGAGGUGCCAGCUUUCAAUGCUAAUACUUGUCCAGAAAGAAAGAUUAGAGGGAAGAAGUUGGAGGGGCAACCAUCAAAGAACCUAAUGGCUGAGAGAAGGCGAAGAAAGAGGUUAAAUGACCGGCUUUCGAUGUUAAGAUCAAUUGUUCCUAAGAUCAGCAAGAUGGACAGAACAUCAAUACUUGGAGACACUAUAGAUUAUAUGAAGGAACUAUUGGAGAGAAUCAACAACUUGCAACAAGAAAUUGAAGUGGGUCCAGAGGAGUUGAAGAUGAUGAGCAUUUUCAAGGACACAAAACCCAAUGAAAUUGUUGUGCGGAAUUCACCAAAGUUUGAAGUGGAAAGAAGAAAUGAGGAUACAAGGAUUGAUAUUUGCUGCGCAACAAAGCCCGGGUUGCUGCUAUCAACAGUAACUACAUUAGAAACAUUAGGCCUUGGGAUUCAACAGUGUGUGAUUAGUUGUUUCAAUGACUUUACAAUGCAAGCUUCUUGCUCAGAGGAUUUGGAGCAGAGAACAUUAAUAAGUUCUGAAGACAUAAAGCAGGCAUUGUUUAGAAAUGCAGGAUAUGGAGGGAGAUGCCUGUAG